AUCGGCACUGCCGCGCACUGCCAGUCCCGCUGCCGAAUCUGUCAGACCACAAAUCAGGGAAACUCUUGGAAUCAAAUCCAAAAAACACAACAAACAGUUAUUUUUCCAGAUUAAAUUUUGGGUCCAGUCCGUGAUUUCAAACGAUAAAAAUUAUUUGUUGUGUAUUUGUCGAUGAGAGGCAGUUGGAAAAGUGUCAUUUAUGCUCGUAAAAGAUAAUUGAAAAGCGCUGAAAAAAAAGAAGAAAAAGCAACAGCAGCCGCAGCAGCAAGAAGAAGACUGGAAAGCGUACACAAGGAAAACGAAAGAAGUUCGCUUGCGACAGCCACACGAGGAACACAAGAAAAGGAGCAUCAAGACGCGGCAGUAGAGCGACUGAUCCAUCGAAUUCCCUUUCUUCCCCCGAAGCACUUGCCCUUGUAAUGGCUCUACUUCGGUCGCUGAGGACCCAACGUACAACAUACUUGAUCAACAGCCGCACCAGCGUCAGUGUUAGCUCGAGCAGCUCAGUCGCCGCCGCUGCCAAAAGACACAGCCUCCAUACCACAGCCGCCCUUGAAGCCAACGUCCAGGCCAGCAGCCAGAGCCCCAGCCAAGAGCAGCAUGUGCAGGCAGCGGGCAUCUUGCGUCGCCGUCAGCAGCACCAUCAGCUAUUGAGUCGUCUUAUUUACUCAGCAGGAGCAGCAGGAGUCGGAGGAUCGAGGCAGCACACACGCUAUGUGCACUCCGGCCAGAACGGGCGCCACCAGCUGGCGCAGUCCAGCGACGUCGAGGGGGAGGCCUUUCGCGAAAAGCGACAGCUGGGAAAGUCUGCGUCGCCCAAGCCGUCCGGGACGCCGCAGCGCGACCCGCUCGACGUGGGCUUCAACGAUCCGGUCGCCGCCUUCAAGAGUAAGACCACGUGGGAGCUGGUGCGGGCCUAUAUGGUGUACAUGAUCUGCUCCAGCGAGAAGCUGGUCGAGCACAACAUGACGCUCCUGAAAUUGGCCCGCAACCUGCUGGGCCAAAAGCUGUUUGUGCUGCUGAUGAAGUCGAGCUUCUACGGACACUUUGUGGCCGGCGAGAACCGGCACACGAUCGUGCCCACCCUGGAGAGACUCCGGUCGUUUGGCGUCAAGCCCAUACUUGAUUAUUCCGUCGAGGAGGAUAUCUCCCAGGAGGAGGCCGAAAAGCGAGAAGUCGAAUCUUCCGUUUCGAGUGCGGGCGAUAACAAGGAGGAGGGCACCAUGCCCCAGUAUCAUGUGGACAAAUCGUUCGCCGAUCGUCGCUACAAGGUGAGCAGUGCCCGCACCUACUUCUAUCUCAACGAGGCCACCUGCGAGCGCAACAUGGAGACGUUCAUCAAGUGCUUGGAGGCUGUUUCAGACGAUGAUCGCAAGGUGCCCCGUGCCACCGCCACGGGAGCUACAUUUGGUACUGGCAUCACGGCCAUCAAGCUCACCGCCCUGGGCCGUCCACAAUUGCUGCUGCAACUGUCGGAGGUGAUCAUGCGCACACGCAAGUACAUGGAGGAUAUGGUGGGCGGGCAGGGCAACGUGCUGACCCACCACAAGACCAUCAAAGAUCUCGAGAAGUAUUAUGCCACCCUGGGCGACAACAAGAACGUGCAGGACUUUCUGAAGAAUGUCACCUCGGAUAAGGAGGGCAUCCUGCAUCUGUUCCCCUGGUCGGGAAUUGUGGACGAGGACUCGCAGUUGAGCGACACGUUCCGUGUUCCUGAUCCCCAGACCGGCCAGAUGCGCCGACUGAUCUCACAGAUACCGCCCAAAGAGGAGGAAAUGUUUAGGAAUAUGAUUCGUCGUCUAAACACGAUUGUAAAGACUGCUGCCGAGCUGGACGUGCGCAUCAUGAUCGAUGCGGAGCAGACCUACUUCCAGCCGGCCAUUUCGCGCAUCACGCUGGAGAUGAUGCGCAAGUACAACAAGGACAAGGCCAUCGUCUUCAACACCUAUCAGUGCUAUCUGCGCGAGACGUUCCGCGAGGUUGGCACCGAUCUGGAGCAGGCCAAGCGCCAGAACUUUUACUUCGGCGCCAAGCUGGUGCGCGGCGCCUAUAUGGAGCAGGAGCGUGCCCGUGCUCAGGCCCUCGGCUAUCCGGAUCCCGUCAAUCCCACGUACGAGGCGACCACAGACAUGUACCACAAGACUCUGUCCGAGUGCCUGCGUCGCAUCAAGCUAAUGAAGGAUUGCGGCGAUGACGCCAGGAAGAUUGGCAUCAUGGUGGCAUCCCACAACGAGGACACCGUGCGCUUCGCCAUCGAGCAGAUGAAUCAGAUCGGCAUCUCACCCGAGGACAAGGUGAUCUGCUUUGGCCAGUUGCUGGGGAUGUGCGACUACAUCACCUUCCCCCUGGGGCAGGCUGGCUACUCCGCCUACAAGUACAUCCCCUAUGGACCCGUUGAAGAGGUGCUGCCAUACUUGUCGCGUCGCGCCCAGGAGAACAAGGGCGUGCUGAAGAAGAUCAAGAAGGAGAAACGCCUGCUGCUGACCGAGAUCAGCCGUCGCCUGGUGCGCGGCCAGCUCUUCUACAAGCCCAAAGGCAACUACGUCCCCAUCUAAGCCUGCUGGCGGCCCAGCACUCUGGAUGGACGCGCACUGUACAGACACACGGCACACCGUACAGAAUCGGCGGUGGUGAGAGCGACGGAUGACCCACCGCCACGAUGAUGAUGUUGAUAAUGUCGCCAGGGAAUUGUGCUCGCUUCAGGCUUUUUUAUUCUGUUUGUUAUCCAUUCUAAAUGUUUACGAGAUCUGCGUCUAUCUUCGCGUAUAUAUGGAACUGUUUUUAUAUACCACGAACAACCCAGAGAGCCAUCCUCCUCCUCUUCAUCCUCCCUAGUCUCGCACUCUACCCACCACCUACCACCCACCAUCCACAGUCCACAUCCCACUCCCCAGAAAAAGGAGGAGAACAGCAGCUGGAGGAGAAACAACCAUAGACAGCAGGAUUGAUGAGAGGGAAAUGUUUUUCUAAUGAAAAUAUGUAUGAUAUUUUGAUGUCUUGUUGCAACCAAUAAAUUAAAACGAUUUCUUUAUGUGUGUUAAAAGAAAAUCCCCAUAGAAACCAUAAACAGAAAAAAAAACAAAGAAAAUAAAACGAAACGAAACGAAAAACGAAAGAAGAUUAGGAGCAAUCUAAGAUCAGAAGAUCUUGGAUGGAGAAAGGAUUGCGAGGAAGAAAACAUUUUUUAGCAUCGUAAUUUAAAACAUAAAAAUCUAUACAGUAUAUGACAUAUAUAUACAAAUAAUGAGAGCAAAACGUUUAUAGAAAUACAUACGUAUAUGUAACGAUAUAUAUAUGCAUAGAAUAUAUGUAUGUGUAUGGCUGCAUUUUAGUCCCAAAUUUCGUUGACUUUCCUUUCUGUUUCUCCCCACCUUUUGUUCCACUUACGAUGUGAUUUGACUGUGUUUUUUUUAUGUUCCGUUCCUCCUUAAGCUUACGAUAUCAACCCUUACGAUCAUACACAUAGACACACAUGCAUAGAUAGAGAAA